AUGAGCAGGUGCUAUACUAAGCCCAGACCGCAGCCUCCAGCACAUCCCCCAGAUAACAUUACCUACGAGACUGAUAACAAAAAUAACAUUAACACGCUAUAUCCCUUUGAGAUGUAUUAUAUUGUCUCAACAAACCCACUUGAACUCCGUGUUAAAAUAUGCAAGUACUUGAAAAGCACCUAUAGUUCGCGAGAACACUCCGAACACUCCGUACCUCCGAGAACACUCCGAACACUCCGUACCUCCGAGAACACUCCGUACCUCCGAGAACACUCCGUACCUCCGAGAACACUCCGAACACUCCGUACCUCCGAAAAUACUCCGAACACUCCGUACCUCCGAGAACACUACGAACACUCCGUACCUCCGAGAACACUCCGAACACUCCGUACCUCCGAAAAUACUCCGAACACUCCGUACCUCCGAGAACACUCCGAACACUCCGUACCUCCGAGAACACUCCGAACACUCCGUACCUCCGAGAACACUCCGUACCUCCGAGAACACUCCGAACACUCCGUACCUCCGAGAACACUCCGAACACUCCGUACCUCCGAGAACACUCCGAACACUCCGUACCUCCGAGAACACUCCGAACACUCCGUACCUCCGAGAACACUCCGAACACUCCGUACCUCCGAGAACACUCCGAACACUCCGUACCUCCGAGAACACUCCGAACACUCCGUACCUCCGAGAACACUCCGUACCUCCGAGAACACUCCGAACACUCCGUACCUCCGAAAAUACUCCGAACACUCCGUACCUCCGAGAACACUACGAACACUCCGUACCUCCGAGAACACUCCGAACACUCCGUACCUCCGAGAACACUCCGAACACUCCGUACCUCCGAGAACACUCCGAACACUCCGUACCUCCGAGAACACUCCGAACACUCCGUACCUCCGAGAACACUCCGUACCUCCGAGAACACUCCGAACACUCCGCACCUCCGAGAACACUCCGAACACUCCGUACCUCCGAGAACACUCCGAACACUCCGUACCUCCGAAAAUACUCCGAACACUCCGUACCUCCGAGAACACUCCGAACACUCCGUACCUCCGAGAACACUCCGAACACUCCGUACCUCCGAGAACACUCCGAACACUCCGUACCUCCGAGAACACUCCGUACCUCCGAGAACACUCCGAACACUCCGUACCUCCGAGAACACUCCGAACACUCCGUACCUCCGAGAACACUCCGAACACUCCGUACCUCCGAGAACACUCCGAACACUCCGUACCUCCGAAAAUACUCCGAACACUCCGUACCUCCGAGAACACUCCGAACACUCCGUACCUCCGAGAACACUCCGAACACUCCGUACCUCCGAGAACACUCCGAACACUCCGUACCUCCGAGAACACUCCGAACACUCCGUACCUCCGAGAACACUCCGAACACUCCGUACCUCCGAGAACACUCCGGACACUCCGUACCUCCGAGAACACUCCGAACACUCCGUACCUCCGAGAACACUCCGUACCUCCGAGAACACUCCGGACACUCCGUACCUCCGAGAACACUCCGAACACUCCGUACCUCCGAGAACACUCCGUACCUCCGAGAACACUCCGUACCUCCGAGAACACUCCGAACACUCCGUACCUCCGAGAACACUCCGAACACUCCGUACCUCCGAGAACACUCCGGACACUCCGUACCUCCGAGAACACUCCGAACACUCCGUACCUCCGAGAACACUCCGUACCUCCGAGAACACUCCGUACCUCCGAGAACACUCCGAACACUCCGUACCUCCGAGAACACUCCGUACCUCCGAGAACACUCCGAACACUCCGUACCUCCGAGAACACUCCGAACACUCCGUACCUCCGAGAACACUCCGAACACUCCGUACCUCCGAGAACACUCCGAACACUCCGUACCUCCGAGAACACUCCGAACACUCCGUACCUCCGAGAACACUCCGAACACUCCGUACCUCCGAGAACACUCCGAACACUCCGUACCUCCGAAAAUACUCCGAACACUCCGUACCUCCGAGAACACUCCGAACACUCCGUACCUCCGAGAACACUCCGAACACUCCGUACCUCCGAAAAUACUCCGAACACUCCGUACCUCCGAGAACACUCCGUACCUCCGAAAAUACUCCGAACACUCCGUACCUCCGAGAACACUCCAUACCUCCGAGAACACUCCGAACACUCCGUACCUCCGAAAAUACUCCGAACACUCCGUACCUCCGAGAACACUCCGUACCUCCGAGAACACUCCGAACACUCCGUACCUCCGAGAACACUCCGUACCUCCGAGAACACUCCGUACCUCCGAGAACACUCCGAACACUCCGUACCUCCGAGAACACUCCGAACACUCCGUAUACGAACACGCAAAGCUGUGAACGGCUUCUUCCUUCCUUCCACUCAAAGCUGGGAUUCUUGGAGGCCUCGAACUACAACCACUCUAGCUGUAUGA